AUGGUGGCCUGUGCCAACAAUGAUCAUUCACUGUCUCGUUCAGGGAUUCGACGAGGAGACGAUGGACUGGAGGACGAAGGAGACGACCCAAGCACGUUGGCGGCGGCUGAUCCGGAUACAGCAGGAGGUCAAGCAAUGAUGGAGUGGCCGGCUGCCCAAGGGUACACGCCACUGGGCGACAUGCUCGGUCAAGGAUCCAUACUGGUGGCGAUGCCUCCCGGUUCGGUGGAUGAUGACGAAGAAGGAGACGAUUUUCCCUUGUCUUUUCCACCGAAUGCAUUUGUGGCAGACGCCAAUGCUCUAUUUGCAUUCCCACCCGCCGACGACGACAAUGACGAUGAAUCCGAAGAAGCACACCAAGACGGCAAUGCUACAGCCAAUCAUGAGACUGAUGGAGAUUUUCGUCAACUAGCCGACAAUGCACUCUUUGCGCUGGAAAAUGAGUACCAGGCGACUCUGUCGAUGCCGUCCCUGUCUUCGCAACCUCCUCUGUCAUUAUUUGAUUCUAAUAAUACCACCAAUCCAACCGAACAAUCCACAAAGUCAGAAACUGAUGCAUCGACUAUCCAAGAGAAUUUUGCCGAUUUUGACUCCCAACAAACCGCCAUUAGUAGUAGUACUAGUAUACCCACCAAAAAAGUACUGCCUCCCAUUGAUGCUGCCAAAAUUCAACAGGCCAUGUCAGGGAUCAAUGCCAAGCAAGGUGACAAGCUUCAGAAAUGGCAAGAGGAACAACAAACCAAAAAGAAGGCACACAAACAGAAACAACAACAGCAUGGCAUUAUACCCCCCACGCCACUCAAAGCAUUUCACAAAACGACACCCAAAGCCAUUGCAGCCACGGCCAACCUCAGCCGUGCGGCCACGAUUGCCGAAUGCCUGGAACGACUUUCCCAUCUACUCAAAUGUCAAGAUGUGCUGACCAUUCACAUCGUGGGAGCCGAUCAUGUCGAGUGCGACCGCAUCGGAACCCAUUUUAACCCCCUGGCACGAUGGAUCAAUGACAACCUGUAUGCACCCAAGAAUCUGGUCCUUUGUUUGGUGGGUCCCAACGUGCCCGCUUCGACAAAAGCUCCCAUCAAUCUCUUGAGCAGCAAUAAGCCACUCCCACGUCAAAGACUCUUGUCGGCUCAAGCCACAUGCCAUUCCGCGAGCUAUCACGACUGGUUGGAGGAACAAGAGAGUGAUCGUCUACCCGAUUUGAUGGUGUGCUUCAAUGCCGGGAUUUGGGGUUACGAGGAAUGGAAACCCACCAUUCGAUGUCUCGCAGAGAAGAAAUUGCAGGCACCCUUUGUCGUGACAUCGUAUACGUUGGAAGAAGCCGAAGACGAUUUCGAUGUAAUGGAGGAAAUCAUCGUGGGCGGCGAUGCCAAAAAGGACGCCGACCAAAAGUCUCCAACAAAGGCUCUGUUGUGGGGUCCCGAAGUGAACCCGUUUGCCUCCAAGCAAAAGCGAGAGACGGCGACGGCAGUGGAAGGACGAGAUUAUAGAGAAAACCAUGCUUGGCAGGCAUGGAGAUUCAAUUAG